UGUAUACAUUUAAUGGUGAAGUAGGGUGAUUCAUUGAUAUUGGUCGGUUUAAAUAUAGACGUGAUCGAACAACGCGACAGUUCCAGCGUGUAUCGGUGUUGUGUAUAAACAAACGGUCGCCGAAUAUUUAAUAACACAAAAUUAAAACCUUCAAAAUGGACAGUGAUUAUGUAUUCAAAAUUCUAUUGAUCGGAGACUCGGGUGUUGGAAAAUCGAGUUUAAUGCUGAAAUUCACGGAUGAAUCAUUCACAGACACUUAUAUCAGUACAAUCGGCGUAGACUUUAAAAUCCGGACACUUGAAAUUGACGGCAAAACCGUGCGUCUACAAAUUUGGGAUACAGCUGGUCAGGAACGUUUCAAAACAAUUACAACAGCGUAUUACAGGAAUGCCAAUGGAAUACUGGUUGUUUAUGACAUGACAGAUAAGGACACUUUUCAAAACGUCAAAAAAUGGUUGGAAGAUGUUGACCAUUACUCCUCCGAGAAAGUAUAUAAAGUACUUGUGGGAAACAAAGCCGAUCUACAGCCCAAGAGAAUGGUGGACUACCCAGAGGCCAAGAAUUUUGCAGACCAGCAUAACAUUCCCUUAAUAGAAACCAGUGCAAAAACAUCAAACAAUGUUGAACAAUUAUUUGUUGCCAUGGCAACUCAAUUGAAAAAUGCAAGUGACAUGGGAGGUGGCUCAAUUAAAGAUGACACACCGAUCAUUACUAUCAACAACACAAAGUCCACCAAAAAAGAGGGCUGCUUUUGCAGUUAGUGAUGAUUUCAUAACCUGUUCUGUGGUUUCAAAAUAACCACUUAUUUUCUGUUUGUAUGUGGAGAUCAGCAAGUACAUAAUCACCCAUGAGGGACUGCAAAUGUUGCAGCGUUUACAGAAACCACAUGGCUAUAACAGAUUGCAGAUGAACAGUUUAUAACAGUGAUAAUGUACAAACAUAUGAUAUACAUGUAUGGAAUAAUAUCAACCAGUGCAAUAGUGUAUGCAUGACAAUUUUCACAUUGUUUAUUCGUUAUUGCUAUUUAUAAUAAACUUUGUCAUAUGA